AUGUCUUCUACUAAACAAAAAUCUGUCAGAUUUCCGAAUGACCAUGACAUUGCAAAAUCUGGAUCAUACAAGCCGGCAAAAUUCCUUAAAUCUUUCUCUAUGAACAAUGACGAACAAGCGUCUGAUUCAAAGUCCGAGAAAGCAGAAAUAGAGCCAAAAAUGAAGAUGUUCCGAAAGAAAAAGCUUUCAAGAGUAUUUUCAGAGGACUAUGAGGGUGUUCAAAGGAAGAUAUUAGAUCCUCGAGGACGUCCCAUAAACAUAUGGAACAAGUGUUUCUUAAUUGCUUGUCUUACAUCUCUAUUUGUUGAUCCACUCUUCUUCUAUUUACCAAGUGUUAACGACGAAAUCUGCAUGGAUGCAAGUUAUCCUAUGGAGAUAGUCCUUACAAUCGUUCGAUCAGUAAUAGAUGCAUUUUAUUUGGUACAGAUUUUAGUUCAGUUUCGAACAGCUUAUGUUGCACCUUCCUCUCGCGUUUUUGGUAGAGGAGAGCUAGUCAUUGAUUCUUCAAAGAUCGCUUCAAGGUAUCUUCGGAAGGAUUUUUGGCUUGAUCUCUUGGCUACUCUUCCUCUUCCUCAGGUUUUGAUUUGGGCUGCAAUCCCAUCUUUGAGAGGUUCGAAUAGGAUUGGUGCAAAACACGCCUUGCGCUUUACUAUCAUUUCUCAGUUUCUGUUGAGGUUAUGCCUGAUUUUUCCACUUUCAUCUCACAUUAUCAAGACUAAUGGUGUAAUGGUGGAAGCUGCAUGGGCUGGAGCGGUUUAUAACCUUGUGCUCUUCAUGCUCGCAAGUCAUGUUAUGGGUUCUUGCUGGUACCUUUUUGCUGUAGAACGACAAGAACAGUGUUGGAAAAAGGUUUGUGAUCAACAGCAACCGGAUUGCCAGUAUUGGUAUUUUGACUGUCAUUGGAAAGAUUUUACUAGUAGAAUCGCCUGGUAUGAACGGAGCAAUAUAUCUACAUUAUGCGGUCCUAGCAGCGACUUCUUCCAAUUCGGAAUCUUUAAUGAUGCACUGACUUUUAGAGUUACACAAUCAUCAUUCUUGAACAAAUAUGCUUACUGUUUUUGGUGGGGUUUAAGGAACCUAAGCUCUCUUGGGCAGAAUCUUGUGACUACUACUGACAUUAAUGAAAUUAAUUUUGCUGUUGUUCUUGCAAUUCUGGGAUUAUUGCUCUUUGCUUUACUUAUUGGGAAUAUGCAGACUUUUCUUCAAUCAACUACUAUGAGACUUGAAGAAUGGAGGAUCAAAAGGACAGAUACAGAAGAAUGGAUGCAUCAUCGCCAACUCCCCCACGAUCUUAAGGAAAGGGUGCGCAAAUAUGACUUGUAUAGGUGGGUGACAACGCGAGGCGUUGAUGAAGAAGCCAUUGUCAAAAGCCUUCCCGUGGAUCUCAGAAGGGACAUCAAGCGUCAUCUUUGUCUUGAUCUAGUUCGUCGAGUUCCUCUAUUUGAUCAAAUGGAUGAGUGUAUCUUGGAUGCAAUAUGCGAAAGGUUGAAACCGCUUCUAUAUACAUCAGGAACUUGCCUUGUUCGCGAAGCUGAUCCUGUGAACGAAAUGCACUUCAUUAUAAGAGGCCAUUUGGAUUCUUACACUACUGAUGGAGGGAGAACAGGUUUUUUCAAUUCAUGUCAACUAGGUCCGUGCGAUUUCUGUGGUGAAGAACUACUGACAUGGGCGUUACACCCUCGUCCGAGCAUCAUCCUCCCGUCCUCUACACGUACAGUGACAACGAUCACUGAAGUAGAAGUAUUUGCACUCACUGCAGAGGAUGUAAAAUUUGUGGCAUCACAGUUCCGGAAGCUGCAUAGCAAGCAACUCAGGCAGACGUUCAGGUUUUACUCGAACCAAUGGAGGACUUGGGCUGCAUGUUUCAUACAAGCAGCGUGGUUUCGCUACAAGAGGAGGAAAGAGGCUGCUCUACUUAAAGCUAAGCAGAGCCCCGCGGCUGCUCCUACUGAACUACGCGAUGAAAGAAGAAGUGUAUCCUUGGGACAAAAGGCUUCAGAAUUUGCUGUAUAUGCUGCAACAUUGGCAGCAAGCAAAAGAAAAGGCGGAAGCAUGAGGGGAGAACUAGAAAUCAUUAGUUCAUUACAAAAACCAGUAGAACCUGAUUUUUCAGUUGAGGAUAGAUGA